UACUUGUAUAUAUAUUUCAUCCGCAACUUGCAGUUUUUCUAAAUCGUCGAGAAGAUAAAAACAUGGUCGACACAAAAUUCCUUCUUUUGGCUUUCAUAGCUCUGUCACUUUUCCUUUCCGGUGCUGAAUCAAGGGAGAUUGCGUGGCCUAGCAUUGAAUUAAAUUCAUUGUGUUGUAUCAAUCAGGAACAGUUUGGAGCAUGUGAUUCAAAACAAGCUAAUGAUAGAUGUGAGAAGCUGUGCCUUCAUGGUUGUAGGCAAAACAAAGGCGGUGGCUGUCAACCUACUUCCACUGGUUCAGUUUGCUCAUGUUACUGUUAAAUUAAACAUAGCAUGUAAUCUUUUGUUUUGAAAUGAUUCUUAGUAGCAUGUAAUCUUAUGCUCUUUUUUUUGAUUAUCGAUUAAUAAAACUUUUCUUUUCUUUUA